AUGAAAGGGUUCAAGCAGAGAGUGCAUGAACAGCUUUCUCGAGCGAGUAGAGAGACCAGCAAAUCGAAAAAUAAAAAAGAUGGCAAUUCUGGAACUUCCUCACCCUCGGUUGCGGGCUCAAGCUCCACAGCCAUUGGUAAUGCCAAUUCUCCCAACACGUCAGCACAUGGUACGCCAACGUCCUCCACAACCACGCUAGCCAAUUCGAUCAAUAAGCCAUUGCCUGGAGGUGAGAAUGGUAUCUCAGCGCAUGGACAUGGACCGAAUCUACAUGCAUCUCCCCAGGGGACUCCCAACUCUGCCCCUACUGGUGGCCCUUUUGCACCCCCGCUACAUCAAGGCCAAUCCGGCGGGUCUGGAGCCGGACCUGGAGGACCUGGUACGCCUACAAGAUCUGGACACGGCGCGCCUCCCAAUGUUAUCAUUAGUCCAAGCUCUGGCAAUGCUCCGCAUAUACCACCGCCAGGCGCAGUCGAAAACAUGCCUGGCGAUCUUGCUCCACCUCGGCACGGCCAAAAACCACCAUUCAACAGCCUCUCUGCGACUCCAAAGGACCUUUCUGAGGGUAUCAGAACACCCAAACGUCAGCACUCCUCGAGAUUUGACGUGUCGGAUCAGCGGCAAAGAGAGCUCAACAAGGAGCCGGGUUUUCAUGAGGUCCCGCCGAAUAAGCGAGAGGAAUUGUUUAUGCAGAAGAUUGAGCAGUGUAACAUCAUAUUUGAUUUUAAUGACGCUAGCGGCGACAUGAAGUCAAAAGAGAUCAAGAGGCUAGCAUUGCAUGAGUUGCUUGAUUAUGUCGCCAAUAACAGACAAGUCAUCACGGAGCGAAUGUACCCCAGAGUCGUGGAAAUGUUCAGCAAGAAUCUUUUCAGGCCUAUACCGCCGCCUGUCAAUCCGCAAGGCGAGGCCUUCGAUCCCGAAGAAGACGAACCCGUUCUAGAAGUUGCGUGGCCACAUAUCCAGGUUGUUUAUGAAUUCUUUCUUCGAUUCAUCGAGAGCCAAGAUUUCAACACCAACAUAGCGAAAGGCUACAUAGAUCAUGGUUUUGUCUUACAGCUCCUUGAAUUAUUUGACUCAGAAGACCCUCGUGAGCGAGACUUUCUCAAGACGACUCUACACCGAAUAUACGGCAAGUUCCUCAAUCUACGGUCUUAUAUCCGCCGCUCAAUCAACAAUGUUUUCUUUCAAUUUGUAUACGAAACCGAAAGAUUCAAUGGUAUCGCUGAGCUUCUGGAGAUCCUAGGAUCAAUCAUCAAUGGCUUUGCUCUUCCGCUCAAAGAAGAGCACAAGCUAUUUCUGACACGAGUAUUGAUCCCUUUACACAAAGUCAAGAGUCUAAGUAUGUAUCAUCCGCAGCUAGCGUAUUGUAUCGUACAAUUCUUGGAGAAGGAUGCAGCCUUGACGGAAGAGGUGGUACUCGGUCUCCUCAGGUACUGGCCUAAAGUCAAUAGUACAAAGGAGGUCAUGUUUCUGAAUGAGGUCGAAGAUAUUUUCGAGGUGAUGGACCCCAGUGAAUUUGCCAAGGUUCAAGAACCUUUGUUCCAACAACUCGCAAAGUCGGUGGCAAGUCCUCAUUUCCAGGUCGCCGAGAGAGCACUCUACUUUUGGAAUAAUGAGUAUUUCUGCAACCUCAUAAGUGACAACGUUGAAGUCAUUCUUCCAAUUAUGUUCCAGCCGCUGUACGAGAAUUCUAAAGGCCAUUGGAACAGGACUAUUCACGGCAUGGUCUACAAUGCAAUGAAGCUAUUCAUGGAAAUCAACCCCCAGCUGUUUGACGAAUGUUCGGAUCAUUACCGCGAGACUCUUGCUGCAGAGGAGGAAAUCAAGCUCAACCGGCUUGAGAAAUGGGAACAAUUGAAGGUCAUGGCCCAGAAGCACGCUAAAACCAAGGAAGCCGCCAUUCCGUCGGUGACGGAUCGCGUGGGAAACAAAGUCAAAGCUCCCUCGAGAAUUGAGGAAGACCCCAUCACACAGGACAGUCAGAAGAGGCUGGACGCUCUCAGGCUGCAAGAUGAGACUGCUAGUGGACGAGAUGGCAGGAGACGGAAGGGCUCUGAUUCAAUGCCUCGCCAAGAUCCUGCCGCUGAGAUACGUCAACGUAUAGAACGCAAUGGCUCGAAUGGCUCUGUGCCGCAGGCGCCAACCUCGAGGCAGGACAUCAUCAAUAGCGUUCCUAGAGCAGGAUAA